CUUCAUUCUAAUGGAUCAACUCUCAUUUUAGGAUCAGGAAUAUUUAUUUCACCUAAAGGUUUACUACAAUAUUCAGGAUCUGCUCCUGUAAGUUUAAUUAUUUGGACAGCAUGUGGCAUCAUAUCCUUAUUUGGUGCACUGUGUUUUGCUGAACUUGGAACAUUAAUACCUUUAUCUGGUGGAGAUUAUAUUUACCUGUUAAAAGGAUUUGAAAAUCUUGGUUCAGCUAGUCCAAUACCUGCAUUUCUUUUUCUAUGGAUUUCUAUAAUCACUUUGACUCCCAGUUCAUCAGCAAUCUUGUCUCUGACAGUGGCUGAAUAUAUUAUUGAGCCUCUAUAUCCAAACUGUGUUUCACCUUUUAUGGUUAAAAAAUUAGUAGCUGUUUUGGUUGUUUGUUCUAUUGCAUUUUUUAACUGUGCAAGUGUGAAGCUAACAACUNACAUCGCUGUAAGCAUCACUCAUUCACUGAAUAAACUAAAACCGAGUAACUCCUACUCAUCAGAUGGGAUUCCAGAAGAAAUUACUAUGUUUGAAGGCUCCGAAACAUCUGUUACAAAUAUAGCAAUAGCUAUUUACUUUGGAAUGUGGGCUUACAGUGGAUGGAACAGUUUGAAUAAUUUGACAGAAGAACUUAUAGAACCAGAAAAAAAUAUUCUUCGUGCUAUUGUAAUUUCACUUCCAGUUGUUACAAUUUGUUAUAUAUUGACUAAUAUUGCAUACUUAACUGCAAUGUCCCCUGCAGAAUUAUUAUCUUCUGAUGCAGUUGCAUUGCUGUUUGCAAACAAUGUAUUUGGGAAAGCAGCUCCUGUAAUACCAGUUCUUGUUGCUGCUUCAGCAUAUGGAUGUGCACUAGUAGGAUGUCUUGGAACUGCAAGAUUAGCCUUUGUAGCAGCAAGAGAAGGACAUUUAUUAGAUUUACUUUCGUAUAUCCAUGUGGAUUAUUUGACUCCUGUACCUGCAGUUAUCUUUAAUACAAUCCUUUCUAUUAUAUUUCUUUCAUUGGGCAACUUCAAUUCAUUAAUAAAUUUUUUAAGUUUUUCCACUUGGAUGUUUUUGGGUCUGGAAAUGAUAGCUUUAAUGUAUAUGAGAUGGUCCAAAAGAGACGAAAAGCGAAUAUAUAAAGCAAAUUUACUGUUUCCUAUUGUUAUGCUGUUAACAUCAAUAUAUCUUGUAUUUGUACCAAUCAUACAAGAUCCACAAUGGGAAUAUCUUUAUGCCUGUUUAUUCAUAUUAGCUGGCUUACUAUUUUAUAUCCCAUUUGUUCAUUAUAAAAUUCAUCUGAAUUGUAUAGAUAAAUUUACAUUUUUUAUGCAAUGUCUUCUGUUGGUGGCACCAAGUGAUAAAUUUUACAAUGAAGAUUCUGAGAAAGCAAAAAACUUGUCUUCAACAAAGAUGUAAAAUUCCUUAAAAAAUAAGGAAAAAAAUUUGCAAUUUAGAAAUAGAAAUAUAUAUGUGUAUAUAUAUGUAUACACACAUAAACUUGAAUAUAUUUUAAAAUCAUUCAGUUAAGUAUAAAGUAUAACUUAAGGUCCAAACAAUAAGUGUUGUUAAAAAGAUUUUAAUAAGAACUGUAAAUAUGUUUCACUGUUAUAUACUCGUAUAUUUAAUAUAUUCAAUACAAAUAUCAGAAAGGUACCUACUACUUUAUCUCAUUUUAAUAAAUAUAUUCAGUAAUAGGAGGGUAAUAACUGUAUAAUAAAUAUUUUUAUAUGGAUGUUAGUUGGUUUUAAUAUAUAAACACUUAAAAUAUUUUUAAGAGUUCCAAAAUUUAAUUUUAUUAAUUCCGAAGUUAGAGAAUAUAGAGUGAGAAUUCAAAAUGUCUGUCAAUUAGACAUUUUUAAUGUUUAAUUGAGAGACAUUUUGAAUUCUCUGUCAAUUGUAAAUCCUUAACUUAACCAAAUUUUCAUAAAAUUAAAUAUAGAAAGGUCACACAAGAAUCUUACUAAGAAAUUAUUUUUAAAAUACCUGAAAUAUAUUUUCUCAUAACAUUUUGUUUGAUAUCAAAUCAAUCAUUCAGAUUUGUGUAAUGAUGCACAAACUUUUAUCUUGAAAUAACAGGAGAAGGAAUGAAUGAAAUAUAUUUUAAUUGUUAAUUUGGCUUAAAAUUAAAAUAUGAAAUAUUUCAAAUAAGGCAAGUUUUGUUUCAAUAUAUAGAAUUUUUGUAAGCAUCACUGUUUUUCAAGUUAAAUACAUUUAGCUGAAUUAAAGUUUAAAAAAAAAAAAUUAUAAAAAUGUAAACAUAUAAGUAAAUCUACAAAAAUAAAAAUAAAAACA